UCAGAACAGAAUACGGUAUCUUAAAUGGCAACGAGCUUGACGACCAGAAUUUACUGAUUUGCUAUUUAAACAAUUCUACGUAAACGCGAUUAAACGAUCGGCCGGAGAUUAAAAAACGGAAAAGAAAUCCCAAUGGAGCUCGUGUAUCGAUAAACAUCAUCUGAUAUCGACUUGAACAUCACACUUUCAAGGGUUUCUUCUGACUACCUGUGUGCAUGCGUAUACGCGUGUCCCUCGGUGAAAAUAGCUGAUGACGCCGUGCUGUACCGAUAUUCGUGUGUCGCAAAAUAUAAUAUAGCCUCUAAAUAAAAUGCUCGAACUGUUAUCUGUAUCGUUUAAGGUUCUGUUCUUACGAAGAAUUUGAUUUUCACGUUUUCGUGUCGACUCGUAAACGCUCUAUCGAGCACAGAGCAACAUGAAAGUUAUUGUGAAGAAAUUGCAAGGAAAAGAAUGUGUUGUUGACAUAAUGCCCUCUGAAACAGUCUUGCAGUUGAAGCACAAAGUUAGUGAUUUAUUUGGCAUAGAUGUUCCACAUCAGAAACUGUUGCUUACAGGCAAGACACUAGCUGAUGAAAAUCCUUUGAGUUUCUAUCCAGGAAUCAAGGAUGGGAUCAAGUUAAAUCUGUUGGUUAUUAAGAAAGCUGAAGAAGGAUCUAGCAAGGAAAAGACAAUAUUCUGCAAAUCAGGCAUGCGUCUUUUGCGGGAUGAAAUAUCUAGAGUUCUGAGGCAUUAUUACACAGAGUCUGAAACAGAAUCAAUAGUUAACGAGUUGAUAAAAGACCUGGAAAAUAAAGUGAAUAACCUUAGUUACGAUGACUUAGAACGAUUAGCAACAGCACUGCUUCAAGACCAAGAGAACAUAGCUUAAGGAUACUU